CAAUCGACAAAUCCUCAGGACAGGAAGAGCAACGACCACAGUUGCCCAUCAUGUCUCUCGUCACGGGCGAGAAGUCGAACUUCCAAUACAUCCUGCGUUUGUUGAACACAAACGUUGAGGGAAAGCAAAAGGUCAUGUACGCGCUCACCAAGAUCAAGGGUGUUGGUCGUCGUUACUCCAACUUGGUCUGCAAGAAGGCCGACGUUGAUUUGACUAAGCGUGCCGGUGAACUCACCUCCGAAGAGCUCGAGCGUAUCGUCACCAUCAUUCAAAACCCAACCCAGUACAAGAUCCCAUCCUGGUUCCUCAAUCGUCAACGCGAUAUCGUCGAUGGCAAGGACUCCCAAAUUCUCGCCAACGGUGUCGACUCGAAGCUUCGUGAUGAUUUGGAGCGCCUGAAGAAGAUCCGUGCUCAUCGUGGUCUCCGUCACUACUGGGGACUCCGUGUCCGUGGACAACACUCAAAGACCACUGGUCGUCGCGGUCGGACUGUCGGUGUCUCCAAGAAGAAGGGUGGUUAAGCGUGUGGGUCAUGGGAUAAAUUGGCUGGAUGGAGUGUGGCUUUUCGGUUUCACGCGGUGCAUAUGGCUUUCUUGCAUUUCAAGCAUGAAGCAAAAACUGGGUGUAUUCUACCACAUCUAGUUGACUGAAGAAACAUUCAAGAACAUCAAAAUCA